UGGCGUUUGACAUAUCCGGAAGUAAUACACACCGUAUGACAACAUUUUCCCCCAUUCUCGCCGACAGCGCCGUGCAUAAAACGCUGACUGGAACUUCGUACCUAAGUUUCUUUUUCUCUAGGAUGUGUUUAUCGUUCUCAAUGAAGAAACUGCGCAGAAAGCAUUAAAAGUCCGGCGCAAAGGGCAGGAGCAGAUUCAUUGGUACGCCCAUACGCCGUAGGAAAGGAGACAAGCUAAGUCAACGCUCACCUUAGGAGUAGAUAAAGUGGGUCUGAGACGGUGAAUCAUGAGACUGACAGGCCCCCUGCGAGGUGUGGUGGUGCUGCUCCUGGUGGGCUUCACCUGGCUGCUCGCAAGCGCGUUGUUCGGAGGAGAGAACAGUCUAUCUGUGCGAAACAUCUUCUCUGGCACUAAAGAGGAACCAACCCAGUCUGAACUGCGUCCACGGAAAUACAAAUGUGGACUUUCAGCCCCCUGCCCUCCAAAGCAUUUGGCUUUCCGUCUGGUGUCUGGAGCUGCAAAUGUCAUUGGCCCCAAAAUCUGCUUGGAGGACAAGAUGUUGUUGAGCAGCGUGAAGAACAACGUCGGCAGGGGACUUAAUAUAGCUUUGGUGAACGGGGUGACAGGCGAGCUAUUGGAGACAAGAACCUUCGAUAUGUGGGCAGGAGACGUGUCUAACUUAUUGAAGUUCCUACGGCCCCUUCAUGAAGGAACCCUGGUGUUUGUUGCUUCCUUUGACGAUGCUGCUACAAAAAUGAAUGAUGAGUCUAGGCGCCUGUUUGAGGAGCUUGGCAGCACAGCUGUGAAGGAGCUGGCCUUUAGAGACAGCUGGGUGUUUGUGGGAGCCAAGGGGAUAGAGAAUAAGAGCCCCUUUGAGCAGCGCAUGAAGAACAGUAAGGGAAGCAACAAGUACGAAGGCUGGCCCGAGUCCCUGGAGAUGGACGGAUGUAUUCCCUUACGGCCGCCCCUCGAAGGUUAAUUCUGCUUCGACUAGUCUCUCAGACGUCACGGCGACGCCUGACGUCUCAGCGGGGAAACAAAGUGACUGUUAGAAGGCCACGGAGCGUCUAAAUACCUAAAACUCUUCACAGGUUCCAUAAAUAAUAUUGUGUUUCCCCUGCUUUGGAAAAAGGAGUGAACUGAAUGUACAGAUUAUUUUUGAGCUGGAACCAGUUUGUAGAGGAUUCCACACACUAAGCUUGCCUAAGCUGCUUUUGAGCUGAAGAAAUGUUCCAGAAACAGUGAAAAUUAUGUCAAGGUAAGGAAAUCUUGAUAUAACUGGUUGAUGACCAAAGCGUACCUUUGAUGAGUGAAUAAUAUAUCUUGAUUUAAAUGUCCAAUGCCGUUAUAGAGAAAUCUAAUUUACCUGUAGGAUGUGUAUUCUGAGUUUGAGCAAGUGAACUCGGUUGAACAUUUGCACAUUAGGAUAAAUUAGAUCUGGUUCCUAAUCAGAAAGAACGUGGGGGUUCUGUGUCAUUAGCAUAGGGUCUGUGGAUAGAUUUAAUGUUUGCAUAUUUAAAUGCAGUAUCGUAAUAUAAGACAUAUUCUAAUAAAGCUGUUCUGCCUGGCGAUAACUGCCAUACUAUCUAUGGAACUUGAUGCACCAGUGGUUGCCUACAUGUUUACAGAUUUCUUUGGCCUUAACAGACAUAUAUAAACAGAUGAAGACUAUUUAUUUCUAAUUUUUCUACACGCAACUCAAGUUUAGAUUUUUACGUUCGCCUUGAAUGCUUUCAUAGUCUCAGGUCCACAAAUAUUUCCCACUGAGUGCUUUUCAAGCUUUUGCAGGUGGUCGAGUGUUUUUUUUUUUUUUUUUUUUUUCUAAAUGAAUGUAUUCUCUUGGCGUCGUGCAAGCAUAGUAGAGAGAAAAUGUGACUAAUGAACUUGUUUAAUUGUUUGACUAGAAGUACAUUUUAAAAUACUUUGUCUGCAGUUCGUUAAGUUAAAUUUGUGCAAAUACAUUUGUAUAAAAAAAACAUUAAAGUUUGUGUUGCACUGUGAUAUCAACAACGGGGGAAAAAAUCCAAAUUUGUCUUUUUUUUAUUCCCUUCAAUCAGGAUUAGAUUUCCACCAGGGGGCGACAAAGGUUCAAAUGUGACGGGGGUCAUCCAGUUUAUUCUGCUCAAGGCAUUUGCUUUUCUAAGCAUCUGUUCUGGUGGGGAGGAAAGCUGUGCAGUGACUUUGGAAUAUUUCUGAUUAAAAAGAAAAAUAACCACA